CUGUGAACAUAAGCGGUGAAUUGACAUUUUUCACAAGAGGUUAGCGGAUUUUUGAAUCGAAGUUAUUUACGAAUUACUUGCAAAAACAUGUCGAAUAUCAAUUUCCAGUGCCUGUUAGGAUUACAAUGCAAUGAUUUUGUCAUGAUAGCAGCGGAUCAAUCAGCUAGCCACAGUAUUAUGAUCAUGAAAGAUGAUGAAGAAAAGAUCCACAAAAUAUCUGAUAGACUAGUCAUGGCCGUGGUGGGUGACUCUGGAGACACCAAUCAGUUUGCUGAAUAUAUCGCGAAGAACAUCCAACUGUACAAGAUGCGCAAUGGCUAUGAGCUUGGCCCCACCGCCGCCGCCACGUUCACUCGCAAGAACCUUGCCGAGUACUUGAGAAGCAGUUCCCCAUACUUUGUCAAUGUGCUGAUGGGUGGUUAUGACAAGGAAAAUGGUCCCGAGCUAUACUUCAUGGACUACCUAGCGUCCAGUGUGAAAGUGCCUUUUGCUGCUCACGGAUUUGGUGGUUACCUCAGUUUGAGCAUCAUGGAUCGAUACCACAAGAAAGAUCUGACUGAAGAGCAAGCUUACGAAAUCCUCCAGAAGUGUGUGGCAGAGGUGCACCGGCGUCUGUUUGUCAGUUUGCCGAACUUCCAAGUCACUGUUGUGACCCGAGAUGGAAUCAAGGCUAUGCCCAUUAUUAACUCUGCAUCCAUGAAGUAAUUUUUGUAUUAAAUUUAAUAAAGUAUGUUAAUUUCGUA